AGCACAAACCUCGUGGUGAUCUGCCUUCGACUCGGCCAUAUUGGAAUAUUGGAUGUCUCCGUUACACAAGGGCUCAAAAGUAGCCGUGAAAUUUUCGCAUAAUCCUCGACGAAGAGAGGAUAAUAGACGCCAUGGAGAACACGUACAGUAUAGCUGUUGCUAAUAAGUUCCUUCUCGCACUGGACGAGGACGAGGACCCUCUGGAGGUACUGAAAGCCAAGGAGCAGGAAAAAGAGGCAAAGAGGAAGGAAAAACUCUCCGAAAAGGAGAACAAGACCAAGCAGCCAGACCAGCUUCCGAAACCUGCGGCCAACAAGCCACCGAAAACCCGUGUAAUUAAAGACGCCCAGCAGCAGCCGCCCUCGAAAAACCAGGAGCCGAAAAAGGAUCAAGUGGAAAAAAAACCUGCGGUAAGACCAAGCGGUGGCGAUCGUAACGUGAAAUUUUCCGGCGAGUCUAGAGAAGAGCGCAACAACAGGCGCAACCGAGAGGAUGGCGACCAACGUACUCCUCGUGGCCAAGGAGAACCAAGACGAGGACCUUCCGGAGAGGGUCGUGAUAAUCGUGAGUUCCGUAGUUCAGUUGGUGAUAAUCAGCGUGGUGAGUUUACUGAGCGCAGAGAACGUGGAGGUGGAACUCGAGGAGUAGGUGGCCGUGGACGUGGCGGUACUCGGGGAGGUCGGGGAGGUUUCGAAAACCGUCCAAAACGCGAACGCGAUCAGGACCGUCAGUCACGGUCAGAGAAGACCGGGCAGCCGAGCGGAGUGAAACCUGUUGACAAGAGAGAGGGUGGUGGGAGCCACAAUUGGGGAACUCAUCGCGAUGAAAUUGAAGAGCAGAUGAUCCAAGAAACCCAAGACUGGAAUGCUGUCGAAAAAUCGGAUGCAGAUGUAUCCCCGGUUGUCGCCGAGCCUAAGGAAGGGGACGCUCCAGCUGCAGCAGACUCUUCGGCGGAAGAGAAGCCGCCGGCUGAGGAGGAAUCGCGCGAAUUGACUCUUGACGAGUGGAAAGCACUUCAGAGUAACCGUGCAAAGCCCCAAUAUAAUCUGCGCAAAGCAGGCGAGGGCGAGGAUCUUACUCGUUGGAAGAAGAUGUACGCUCUUGAGAAAAAGAAGGAAGGAGUCGAGGAAGAAGAAGACGAAGAGGAAGAAUACGACGCUGCUGCUGAGUAUCCGCAGCGUGUGGGCAGGCAGAAGCAUGUCCUUGACAUCGAGUUUCACUUUAGUGACGCUCGUCGCGGCACCGGAGGACGUGGAGGUCGCGGAGGUCGUGGCACACGUGGUGAACGCGCGAACGGCGGUCGUGGAUUUGGAAGUCGUGGUGGCGCUCCGAGGGAUGGAGGCGAUCGUGGUGACCGCGGAGACCGUGGAGAUCGCGGAGAUCGUGGAGAUCGCGGAGACCGCGGAGAUCGCGGAGAUCGCGAACCACGUGAUCGUGAGCGCGAGCCGCGCCCUGUAGCUGCUCCUCAGCAGCCAGAACAAAGAUCGCCGCGUGGGCGUCAAAAUGCACCCAAGGUAGAUGAUGAACACGACUUUCCCUCCUUGGGGUAAGAGCUGUAGCUCUGAAAUCAUGCAGCCCCAAUAUCGCCACAAUCAGUCCCGCAUAAGUUCGCUCCACACUUGCUAUUUUGCAUAAUACACAUUAUAUUGUGAAUAACGGUCAGAAAUAGUAAUUAACGGAAAAAAGUAACAUUUCAUAUACACACAAACACACAUGCUGCGAUUCACCCACUCUUAUACACACAUAUGAAAUACAGAAAAAGUCAAAAAUAGAAAGAAAAGAAAAAAUGCGGGUGAUUAUGGAAAAAGAAAAAUCCCUUAUAUUUGUGAAAAGCUGUGUACGGCUGUAUGUAGUUUGUAAGAGGCACUAGUCCGAAUGGAGAGUGAGGGAGUGAAAUGAAUGUUGAACGCCUUGGUCUCUUUACACACACGGAAAAUAAAAGAAAAGAAAACAAUAGUAAUUAGAUUGACAGUAAUUGGUAAUCGAAUGGCAGUUUAUUGGCUAUGAGGUUGUGGCCGAAAAGAAAUGAACUAUAAAUUUGUACGAACAAGUACUGGUUACUUGAGUAAUUUGACAGACAACGGUAUAUUUCAGCUUGGCAUAACGUGGUUUCCUUUUUUUAUUUUUACCACGAAGAUGUCACAUAAUCCUGGGUGUUACAAACUACUUUUUUUUUGUUCCUUCAUCUACGUAGCAUAUCUCGUUUUAACGUUACACCGAUGGACUAAACUAAAAUUGAUGGAAUCAGAAGCCAUCGAAAACACGAAGUAGCGAUACGUAACGACACGCGUAUAGUAAUAGGGAUAAUAAUAAUAGUAAUAAUAAUAAUAAUACUGAUAAUGUUAAUGAUUCUUUGUGGAAACUUUUAACAUGUUAUACCUACCUUCUCUUUAUUUUAUAAUUUUGAUACAAUAUUCGAGAGGGAGGGAAGGAGGGAAGACGGGAAUGACGCCUUUCUCUGUGUACAUACUUGGUCGUUGCGCGCUGAGUAGCACCGGCGAGGCUUUUUUUUCGUAUGCGAAAUAUGUCUUUCAUUGCGCGCGAAAUAUUUGACAAAUUUAUAUAUUUGAAGGUAGAAAAGAGAUUGAAACCAAAAUUUCCUUUUUUCUCCAACACUUUAGUAUAUUCGUAACGGAUAUAUGUAUUACGAAGAAAACUGUCAAAAAAAACGAUCGAUUCUACAUUCAUCCCAGACUUUAGACUCAACUUUACAUUUGUAUGACAGACCCCCAGGAGAACGGUGAAAAAGAUAGGAGUAAGAAAAACAAAAUAAAAUAAUCCACACAGCAUAUUGAUAUGUUAUACUUUUUACGCAUCAUUCGUCAUACUUUCGAUUCUAUGAAUUCUGCUAUAUCUAUUAAUUAUUUACUAUGUUUGUUAUAUAUUGAAAUAAACCAGAUAAAAAUUCACAACCUCUUCAUAAUGGAAUGAUGUUACAAUAUUUGAGACUUAGGGUAUAUGUGUAAAUAAUAUAACAUUUACAAAUAAAUUGUGACAAGACUAGCGAAA